ACCAGACGCCGAGGCGGCCGGGGAGGAAGUGGGAACGGAGCCCGGCACCAUGUCGGAGCUGGAGCAGCUGCAGCAGCGCGACAUCCCGGCAGGCCGGCAGGUCCUGCGCGACCACCACUGCAACCUCCGCAGGGUCGCCGACUACUGCGAGAGCAACUACCUGCAGGCCAGCGACAAGCGGAAGGCGCUGGAGGAGACGAUGGCGCUGAGCACGCAGUCCCUGGCCAGCGUGACGUACCAGGUCAGCAGCCUGGCCACCACCUUCCUCCGGCUGCUGGACCUGCAGGCGGCCGAGCUGCGGAAGGUGGAGGCCGACAUCAGCAUCGUGGCCCAGAGGGUCGACAUGCACAAGGAGAAAGUGUCUCGCCGGGAGAUCGGCUCGUUGACCAUCAGCAAGAGGUUCCCUUCCUACCAGAAGAUCAUGGCCCCCCCCAGCCCACCCUGCCUGGAGCCCUACUACAGGAAACCCCUCAACUUCAGCGUCCUGGAUGACAUUGGCCAUGGCAUAAAGGACCACAGCACCCAGCUGUCCCGCACGGGCACCCUGGCUCGGAAGGGGAUCAAGUCAACGGCGCAGGCUGCGGGCACCCUGGGGAGAAGCACCCGCGUCCCUGAGCCCAUCCAGCCGCCCGUGGUUCCCGAGGACAAGCUCUCCGCGGCCACCUCCACCUCCUCGCUGAUACCCGUCAGCUCGAGCGGAGCGCCGGCAGCCCCCGGGGAAGGGACCCCGCUCCCCUCCCUGCCGGCGCCUUCCCCACCGCCUGCGGCUGCCAUCCCACUGCCCCCGCCUCUCCCCUGGGACCUGCCACCACCGGGGGACCUGGCCGUGCUCCCCCUGGACCUCAUGCCCCCAGCCCCCGAUGACCUCGAGCCACCGUCACCACCAGCUCUGCCUGACUUUGAGGAUUUGGCCCCUCCGCCACCACCCGCUGCAGAGGACCCGCCCUGGGUCCCGGAGAGCUACCUGGAGAAAGUGGUGGCCCUCUACCCUUACACGCGGCAGAAGGACAACGAGCUCUCCUUCCAGCCCGGCGCCCUCCUCUUCGUCACGCGGCGCUACUCGGACGGCUGGUGCGAGGGUGUCAUGGGCGAGGAAGCAGGUUUCUUCCCCGGCAAUUACGUGGAGCCCUUCUGAGCACCAGGGGUGGGCUGCUCCCCCAUCUCCCCCCACCCAAAUCAUCCCCCCCCCCAGCUUGGCCGCAUCCUGCUCGGGCAGGGCUCUGCUUUGCCUUUCAAUGUUUGACUGCUGGGGUUUCGCACAGCUCAGCCCUCGCAGGGGCAGCUGGACUGGGUGCCGCCGCUGGAACCGCCGCACCCUGGCAGCAUCCCCCCUGCCCGGCCUCUCUCCCGUCCUCGUUUUAUUUUUGGAAUUGAUGGCUGCUGCUGGUGCCCAGGAGGUUUAGCACUUGGGGCACUGGAGCCGUCUCGGCUGAUGGAAACGCAGAGGUCUGAGCUCAGGUGGAGCGAGGGCAGCGCCGUACCAAAGCGCAGAUACAGGAGACGGGGCCAAACACCCAGAGGACCAAGGAGGAGAGCAGCAGCCAGCUGUGGCCCCAGGGAACCUGCCUGCUCUCCCCACCACCCUGAGACACGGAGGGGGAUGAGCCAGGGCCCAAUCCUGCGCCAAAGGGGUCCCCGUAGGGUCCCCUGCAGAGCACUGCUUGUAGCCUGGCCCUGCUCUGCUGCUCCCCCUCCAACGCUGUCCCCCCCGCUUCCACCAGCCCAAGGAAGAGAAACACCACAUACGUGCAACUCAAGAGAGCCGUUUCACACCCAGGUUUAUGUCCUGGAUACAAACAACUUUUUGUAUCUGCAAUAUAUAGAUAUAUAUCUAUAUACAUA